GAAAAGUAAAAAAAAAUUAAAAUGAAUAUAUUUUUUCAUUUAACAACAUUUAUACUGAUAUUUAGCAAUUUGAUGACAAAGUUGAUACCGGAAAAUUAUUUUUUGAGUUUAAAAAACAAAAUAUCUAAAUAUCUCGUAACGUCGUUACAAACAGUUUUCAAUAUGGCGGCGUCCAUGUUGAAACGAAACAAGAAAGGGCGCUUCAAAAAGUCGCCGAAAACUAAUGUGUUAGUGGACCACAACUAUGUGUUUGGUCACAUUUGUGAGGGAGAAACAUGCGAAACGUGUUUUCCUGGCAUGAAAAGUCUUGUAAAUAGCAAGAAGUUUAGUUCAGACGGUUGGAGAAAUGGCAGACGCGUUAUCGAAUGGAAUACAGUUGUAGAUGCCCUGGAAAAUUGCUGCCACUGUAAAUGCGGGCCUCUAUAUCUAACGAAAAGAAACAUAAAAGGUGAGAUGAAACUUGGAUUGGGCGGGUACCUAUACAUACAGUGUACCUUUUGUUUGAAGCUGAACAGGAUUCCCUAUGGCAAAACGCACAAAGACGAGGGGCAAGGAAAGGGGAUGCCUAGCUUUUGUAUAAAUACGAAAGUUGGUGCAGCUAUGAUUGACAGUGUUGGUGGACCGCAGAGAAUGAACAAUCUUCUGACAACCCUAGAUUUGCCAUUCAUUAAUAACAGGAGUUUAAAAGUCAUGGAGAGGAGAGCAGGACAGAUAAUUGAAAAAUACGCAGAAGAAAACAUGAAGGAGGAAAGUCUGAUGGCCUUUGAGAAAGAAAUGAUAGCUGUUUCACAGAAAGAAGAGGAUGAUUUUAAGGAGGAGUUCACUGAUUUAGGGAUAGCAGUAAUUCCUGAUGAAUUUGUUGGGGAUGUUUCCAGACUGACAGAAUCAGUUUCCAAUGAAAUUGACCAUGAUACCUCAUUUGAUCCCCUUGAUCAUGACCAUUGCUCUGGAAGGUCCAAACUCAAUGCUAAUGACAAGAAAAUUAAGCCUGAUUGCAACGCAGAAGACAGUUUCCCCCAAAAUGAAAUUACAUGUGCAUCUUCUGGUACUUUUGAUCAUCACCAAGGCUCAGGAAUGCCAGGAAUCACUCACGAUGGCCAUAAAACACAGAAGAUACAUCCCGCAGUUAAAAAGAAACUUUCUUUCGCUCCUAAAAGUCGUAGAGGCAUGACAGUUUGUAUCGAUCAUGGGUGGCAGAAAAGAGGGUUUGACAGUCUAACAGGUCAUACAUUUAUGAUGAGCAAGGAAAAUAAAGUUCUGAAGACUGUCAUAAAGCACCGUACUUGUGGAGUAUGUAAAUGGUGGAGGAGGAACAGACCAGGGCUGAAAGUUAGAGAACAUUGUGUGUGUGGAAUCACAAAGGAUCUGCGAGGGCUAUGGAAAGUGAGGCAGGCCUGAAAGCCAUCAAAGACAUGAUCCAACAAGACUUUCAAACAAAAUGGCCUGUCACCAGGUCAUUUCAAUGCCAAGUAUUCUGCUAAGCUAGACUCAUAUAGGGCCAAGAAGAGGGCAAAGGCCAAGCUUCCAGAGACAAAACGUAGACGAUUAAUCCUAAAGCAGGAGAGGCUGACGGAUAAAGGGGCCUUAGAGGCUACCGAGGGCUCAACAUACCAAUCGGAGAUUGGACUGAGCACUGAUGUGAGCAUAACCAGAGUGCCUGAUGCUACUAUAAAGCCUUCCUUUUCUCCAGUACAGCUUAGUAAACCACAUUUUGUAGUCAUCGAUUUGGAGACAACAGGACUAAGUAAGAAUUUCAUGCCUCACAUCACACAAAUUGCUUGCCUUGAUGUAGAGAGUAAGGAACAAUUUUCUGCAUAUGUUCUUCCCAAACAACAGUUGGAUGCCAAUGCCGAAAGAGCGACAGGUAUUGU